AUGUUCCUGUACAACCUCACCCUGCAGAAGGGAGGCGGCGUCCAAUGCGCGGUAUACGGCAACUUCAGCGCCCCCAAGGCGCAGGAGAUCGUCGUGUCGCGUAACAAGGUGCUCGAGCUGCUCAGGCCCGACGAGAGCGGAAAGAUGCAGACGAUCGUCAGCACGGAGGUGUUUGGCGUCAUCCGUUCCCUCGCCGCGUUUCGUCUGACGGGCGCGAACAGGGACUACCUCGUGUGCGGAAGCGACAGCGGCCGGAUUGUCGUGCUGCAGUACGACAAAGAGAGGAAUCGGUUCGACAAGGUGCACCAGGAGACUUUCGGAAAGAGCGGGUGCCGGAGGAUCGUGCCCGGGCAGUUCCUGUGCGUGGAUCCCAAGGGCCGCGCCAUCAUGAUCGCGGCCAUCGAGAAGGCCAAGCUGGUCUACGUGCUGAACAGGGACACCGAGGCAAAUCUGACGAUCUCGUCCCCUCUCGAGGCUAACAAGUCACACGUGGUGGCGUUCCACGUCGCCGCGCUGGACUGCGGACUGGACAACCCCGUCUUCGCGGCGAUCGAGCUGGAUUAUGCGGACGCCGACCAGGAUAGCACCGGCGAGGCCGCGGCGGAGGCGCAGAAGCACCUCACCUUUUACGAGCUUGACCUCGGGCUGAACCACGUGGCGAGAAAGUCAAGCGAACCCAUCGACAACGGCGCGAAUCAUCUCAUCGCGGUGCCCGGCGGCGGCGACGGACCGGGCGGCGUUCUCGUGUGCGCCGAAAACUUCAUCAUCUACAAGAACCAGGGGCACCCCGACGUGCGGGCGGUGAUCCCCCGGAGGAACGCGCUCAGCGGCGACCGCGGCGUCCUCAUCGUUUCCUCCGCCACCCACCGGACCAAGCAGCAAUUCUUCUUCCUUGCUCAGUCCGAGUACGGCGACAUCUACAAGGUCACGGUGGAGUAUCAGAAGGGCACGGAGUUCGUGAGCGAGGUGAAGAUCAAGUACUUCGACACCAUCCCUCCCUGCGUCUCGAUCUGCGUGCUAAAGACGGGUUUCUUGUUUGCGGCUUCGGAGUUUGGGAACCACGCUCUCUACCAGUUCCAGGGCAUCGGCGACGACGAGGACGACGUGGAGUCAAGCUCGGCGACGCUGGUGGAGACGGAUGAGGGCUACCAGCCCGUUUUCUUCGAGCCCAGGGCUCUGAGAAACCUUCACCCCAUCGACGACGUUGAGUCCCUUUGCCCGGUUCUCGACAUGCAGUGUCAUAAUCUCGUUGCGGAGGAGACCCCACAGCUGUACGCCCUGUGCGGCACGGGCCCUAGGUCCACGCUCAGGGUUCUUCGGCAGGGUGUUGCCCUUUCGGAGAUGGCGGUGUCUCCCCUACCGGGUAACCCAAACGCAGUCUUCACCGUUCGCAAGAGCGCGAGCGAUGAGUUUGAUGCGUACAUCGUCGUCUCAUUCACCAACGCCACCCUCGUGCUGUCCAUCGGUGAGACCGUGGAAGAGGUCAGCGACAGCGGAUUCCUGGGUACUGUGCCCACGCUGAGCGCCUCUUUGCUUGGGGAUGAUUCGCUCCUGCAGGUGCACCCCGGCGGUUUGAGGCACAUCCGCGCGGAUAAACGAAUCAACGAAUGGAGGACGCCCGGCAGGAAGACGGUGACCCGAGUGACCACAAACGCGAGGCAAGUCAUCAUCGCGCUGUCCGGCGGCGAGCUCAUUUACUUUGAGCUUGAUCAGACCGGUCAGCUCAUGGAGGUUGAGAAGCUGGAAACGAGCGGAGACGUGGCGUGCCUGGACAUUGGACCAGUUCCAGAGGGCCAUCUCAGGAACAGGUUCCUCGCCGUGGGCUCGUUCGACUCCACCGUUCGCAUCCUCUCCCUCGGCGCGGAGGACUGUCUGCAGACCAUGGGCGUCCAGGCGCUCGCGGCGGCACCCAACUCGCUGCUCAUGCUCCGUGACGACGGUAGUGGCUCGAUCUACCUCAACGUCGGCCUCACCAACGGCGUGCUUCUCCGCGCCGACGUUGACUCGGUCACCGGGCAGCUCAGCGACACCCGCGCUCGCUUCCUCGGUGCCAGGCCGCCCAAGCUGAGCGCGGUGUCCGUGCAGGGUAAGGCUGCGAUGAUGGCUCUGUCCUCCAGGCCUUGGCUCGGCCACUUUGACCUCGCCAACAGGUUUGCCCUGUCGCCGCUGUCGUACGAGCCUCUCGAACACGCCGCGCCGUUCUCUUCCGACGCCUGUCCCGAGGGUGUCGUCGCAGUCGCGGGCAACACGCUCAGGAUCGUCGCGGUGGAGCGCCUGGGGGAGCAGUUCAACCAGCGCACUUGCAAGCUGCGGUACACACCGAGACAGAUGAGCGUGAACGUCGACAGGAACACGCUCGCCGUCGUCGAGUGCGACCAGUCGUCCGUACCUUACGACGAGCGCACCGGACUCGAGGGUGCGGCGGGUGAGAAAGACACCAAGAUGGACGUGGAGGGCGAGGAGGAUGAUGAAGAAGAGGACGAGGUCACCAUGACUCCCGCGGAGCAGUUUGGCGCCCCAAAGGCACCGCCCGGGUCGUGGGCGUCGUGCGUCCGCAUCGUCGACCCGGCGUCGGCGUCCACCAAGCAAAUCGUGGAGAUGACGGGCAACGAGGCGGCCCUGUGCUGCUGCCACGUGUACUUCCCUCAGGCUGAUGAGUUGUUCCUCGCGGUGGGUUCUGCGGUGAGCCUGACGUUCUCUCCCAGGGACAGCGAGGGUGGAUUCAUACACCUGUACAGGUACACUCAGGAUGGCGGGAUUGAAUUGUUUCACAAGACUCCCCUCGACGGCGUUCCCGGCGCGAUGUGCGGCUUCAAGGGGCGACUGCUCGUUGGUGUUGGCAACACGCUUCGCCUGUACGACUUUGGCAAGAAAAAGUUGCUUCGCAAGGUUGAGAACCGCAACUUUCCCAACUUUAUCAAGACGAUUCAUGCGCAAGGUGAGAGGAUCUACGUCGGUGACGUGCAGGAGUCGUUUCACUACGUCAGGUACAAGCGCGAGGAUGGGAGCAUGUACAUCGUCGCUGACGACGUCCAGCCCAGACACGUCACCGCCGCAUGCCCGCUCGAUUACGACACCAUCGCGGGCGGCGACAGGUUUGGCAACGUCUUCGUCAGCCGCCUGGCGCAGGAUGUCUCGGAUGAGAUUGAGGAGGAUCCCACCGGCGGCAAGACUGCGUACGGCCAGGGAGCUCUGAACGGCGCGUCACACAAGAUCAACCAGGUGACGCAGUUCCACGUCGGCGAGACUGUCUGCGCGCUGACCAAGGGUACGCUUCAGGCUGGAGGGCUCGAGAGCAUGAUUUACGCGACGCUGAUGGGGACGUUGGGCGCGUUGAUGCCCUUUGGGAACAGGGAGGAUGUGGACUUUUGCACGCACCUGGAGAUGCACAUGCGCCAGGAGCUGCCGCCACUGCUGGGUAGAGACCACCUGGCGUUCAGGAGCAGCUACUUCCCGGUCAAGGAUGUGAUCGACGGGGACCUCUGCGAGAUGUACACCGUCCUGCCGCACGAGGCGCAGAGGCGCGUGGCAGAGGACAUGGACCGAACGGUUUCGGAGGUGCUGAAGAAGCUCGAGGAUCUGAGGGCAAAGGUGGCGUAGUCUUGUUAUUUUAAGCUUCGAACUACAUCUAA